AGCAGUAGGAGCUGAGCUUUCCCCUUGGACUGCUGCUUCCUGCUGUGUUCAGGGGAGGGGGGCACUUUCUGGCAAUUCUGCUGCUGUUGCUGUUGGUGUUGCUGCUGCUGCUGCUGCUGCUACUACUUCAGCUCCCUCUCCACUCAAGGUAAGCAGGCUCAAAGGGAGGGUAGGCUGCAAGGGACACUUGUGUACCAUGAACAAGAUCCGAAAGUUUUUCCGAGGAAGUGGGCGAGUCCUGGCAUUUAUAUUUGUAGCUUCUGUCAUCUGGCUGCUCUUUGACAUGGCAGCUCUCCGCCUCUCAUUCAGUGAGAUCAACACUGGGGUCCUGAAGGAAGACAUCAUCAAAAAGGAGAGGGUAGGGUUCAGGGUUCAGCCAGACCAAAUGAAGAUCCUUUACAGCAGCAUAAAAGAGAUGAAGCGGCCACUAAGGGGACAUGGGAAGGGCAUAUGGGGCAAAGAGAACUUUAGAAAAACUGAAGAGCAUGUGCUCAAAAUUGAAGAUGAUUUGGACCAACUCCAGAAGGAAAGAAAAAUGCAGAAUGCUGCAGGAAGUGUCAAGAUUGCACCUCUGUGGCCUCCUGAACAUCUGCAGACCCUCCUUAUGACUUUUUCCAAGCUGAUGACAGAGGAACGUGACAUCAAACCUGAAGCCUACUCUCGUUCUGUGACACCAAAGCAAACAACAGUUCAGGGAGCUCGGGAAGCCACAGUCAUAGCAGUAAGAGGAACGUCAUUGCCCCAAAUAUCUGUAUACACAGGACCCACUGGCAUAAACCAGGAGGUCCAGAAGAGACAUGGUCACAGCAAUAACACAUCCAAACAAGCAGCUGAAAGGAACCUGAAUGUGACCAUCAGGCUUAAUAGUGACAGAUCAAAGCAGCAAUCACAGGCAGUAGCAGAUGAAGGGAUAUACACUGCUGGCCGACCAGUGCCAAAAUCUAGGGAAGCCAUAGCCUUAAAUAAAACUGAGACUCAGAGCAAAGAACUAAAUGCAUAUAAUCACAAAGCCAAUAACCGUCCCUUUUCCAAGUUCAUUGCCAAUUCAAAUCACUUAAAGAAGCAAUCUAUUAAUGAGACACUGUUGGGAGGCUUGCCAAAGAAUGAUGGAGCCAAAGUGGCUGGUGAGAAGAAACUCAAUUUCUCUGAAAGCCAUGUUGUGAUUAUAACCAAGGAGGGGGAGCUAAAGACAGACACCAAACAGGCCCCCAACCCUAAAACCAAAACCGUAUUUCCUUUAGUAUUGGAUAGAAGCCAAGGGAAACACAGUUCCAGGAAUAGAACUGAGGCAUCUUUCUCUGCACUUGCUCUACAUAGAGCAACAGCAUCUCAAACCAAUCAAGUCUUCACUGGGGGACCAAAGCCAGCAAGAAUCAGUUUAACUGCCAAGGUCCAGCAUAAAGAACUCAACCAAAGGCAUGAAAAAGCCAUUCUACCUGAAGACCAUGAAAUGCACCAGGUAUUAAGCAUUGAUGUGACACUUUCUCCAAGGGACCCUGAAGCUCCAGGUCAGUUUGGACGUCCUAUAGUUGUUCCCCCUGGAAAGGAGAAGGAGGCAGAAAGAAGAUGGAAAGAAGGAAACUUCAAUGUCUACCUCAGCGAUUUGAUCCCAGUGGACAGAGCCAUCGAAGACACAAGACCUGUUGGGUGUGCAAAGCAGCUAGUUCACAAUAACCUCCCGACCACCAGUGUCAUCAUGUGCUUUGUGGAUGAGGUAUGGUCCACUCUCCUGAGGUCUGUUCAUAGUGUCCUCAAUCGCUCUCCUCCUCAUCUCAUCAAGGAGAUUCUGCUGGUGGAUGACUUUAGCACCAAAGAUUACCUAAAAGAUAAUUUGGAUAAGUACAUGUCUCAAUUUCCAAAAGUUCGGAUUCUUCGCCUCAAAGAGAGACAUGGCUUAAUAAGAGCCAGACUGGCAGGGGCACAGAAUGCAACAGGUGAUGUAUUGACAUUCUUAGAUUCUCACGUGGAAUGUAACAUUGGCUGGUUGGAACCUCUUCUGGAAAGAGUUUAUUUAAGUAGGAAAAAAGUAGCCUGUCCAGUAAUCGAAGUCAUCAAUGAUAAGGAUAUGAGUUACAUGACAGUGGACAACUUUCAAAGAGGCAUCUUUGUGUGGCCCAUGAACUUUGGUUGGAGAACAAUUCCUCCAGACGUUGUUGCAAAACACAAGAUCAAAGAAACUGAUAUAAUAAGGUGCCCUGUCAUGGCAGGUGGAUUAUUUUCUAUUGAUAAAAAUUACUUUUUUGAGCUUGGAACAUAUGACCCUGGACUUGAUGUUUGGGGUGGAGAAAAUAUGGAGCUGUCAUUCAAGGUAUGGAUGUGUGGUGGUGAAAUCGAGAUCGUUCCCUGUUCCAGAGUGGGCCACAUAUUCCGAAAUGACAAUCCGUAUUCCUUCCCCAAAGACCGGAUGAAGACAGUGGAACGCAACUUAGUGCGGGUGGCUGAGGUCUGGCUUGAUGAGUACAAGGAGCUGUUCUAUGGCCAUGGGGACCACCUCAUAGACCAAGGCCUUGAUGUGGGAAACCUCACCCAGCAACGAGAACUUCGAAAGAAACUAAAGUGCAAAAGUUUCAAAUGGUACUUGGAAAACGUUUUUCCGGACUUAAAGGCUCCCAUUGUGAGGGCUCAUGGUGUGCUGAUUAACGUGGCCUUGGGAAAAUGCAUUUCCAUUGAGAACAGCACAGCCACUCUGGGAGACUGUGACGGGAGCAGCGAGCUACAGCAAUUUAAUUACACCUGGUUAAGACUCAUCAAACAUGGAGAGUGGUGCUUGGCUCCCAUCCCUGAUAAGGGGGCCCUGAGGCUGCACCCCUGUGACAACAGAAACAAAGGGCUGAAAUGGCUGCAUAAGUCAACAUCAGUCUUCCAUUCAGGACUGGUAAAUCACAUUGUUUUUGCAAGCUAUCAUCAGUUAUUAUGCUUGGAAGGGAAUUUUUCUCAGAAGACCCUGAAAGUUGCUGCUUGUGACCCAAAGAAGCCAUAUCAGAAGUGGAAAUUUGAAAAGUAUUUUGAAGACUGAAGAGGAACUGAUGUUUUUGUCUAGUGAGGCCAUCAGACACUGUGAAAAUGACAGUGAACUCAGUGAUUAUGUUUGUCCACAGUAAUUUAAAUUUUCAGAAUGAAUAACACUUGAAUGGAAGAUUCUUAAAAAUCAUAAUAUUUGAGAUACCAAACAUUAACUCAGGGAAACAGUCCUACAUUGAAUUGGAGUCCUUCUUCAGCACCAGGAACCCUUUUGACCUGCCUGCUUCCUGCCCUGGGCUAGCUAGCAUCAGCCUUCAAGUUUCCCCAAGCAACCCACCAAGCACCCACAAAUAAAGACAGAAGUACUUGGGGAACUACAAUCAUAAUC